AUGCCGGCUGGCUGCACCUUCGAGGAGGACAGUGACCCCAACCAGUGUGAGUACAGCCAGGGAGAGGACGAUGACUUCGAGUGGGAGCUCAUCCGCAGCUACAUGGUGCCGCACCUGACCGCUGACCUGCCCCACGGCUCCUACCUGGUGGUGAACUCGUCGCAGCACGGCGCGGGGCAGAGAGCUCAGCUGCUGCUGGCGGCGCUGAGCGAGAACGACACUCACUGCCUGCAGUUCAGCUACUUCAUGUACAGCCGCGACGGCCACAGCCCCGGCACCCUCAGCGCCUACGUCCGCGUCACCGGCGCCCCGCCGGGCAGCGCCGUCUGGAACGCCUCCGGCUCCCAUGGCCGCCAGUGGCACCAGGCUGAGCUGGCUGUCAGCUUGUUCUGGCCCAGCGAGUACCAGGUGCUCUUCGAGGCGGUGGUCUCCAGCGAGCGCAAAGGUUACCUUGGCUUGGAUGACAUUUUGCUGCUGAAUUAUCCCUGCUCCAAAGCACCACACUUCUCCCGCCUGGGUGAUGUGGAGGUCAACGCAGGGCAGAAUGCAACCUUCCAGUGCGUGGCUGCUGGCAAGGCUGCCGAGGCCGAGAGGUUCCUCAUGCAGAGGCAGAGUGGUGAGGUGGUCCCUGCUGCCUCUGUGAAGCACAUCAGCCACCGGCGCUUCCUGGCCACCUUCCAGCUGGACGAGGUGUCCAAGGAGGAGCAGGACCUCUACCGCUGUGUCACUCAGUCCAGCCGGGGCUCAGGGGUCUCCAACUUUGCUGAGCUCAUCGUGAAAGAGCCCCCCACACCCAUUGCACCCCCGCAGCUGCUCCGGGCUGGCUCCACCUACCUCAUCAUCCAGCUCAACACCAACUCCAUCAUCGGUGACGGCCCCAUCGUGCGCAAGGAGAUCGAGUACCGCAUGACCUCGGGGCCCUGGUCGGAGGUGCACGCUGUCAACAUGCAGACCUACAAGCUCUGGCACCUGGACCCGGACACGGAGUACGAGAUCAGCGUCCUGCUCACCCGGCCCGGCGAGGGGGGCACCGGCAAACCAGGGCCACCCCUCAUCAGCCGCACCAAGUGUGCAGAGCCCAUGAGAGCCCCCAAGGGUUUGGCUUUCUCCGAAAUCCAGUCCAGGCAGCUGACUCUGCAGUGGGAGCCGCUGGGGUACAACCUGACUCGCUGCCACACCUACAGCAUCUCGCUCUGCUACCGCUACCUGCUGGGCUCCGGCCACAACCAGACCUUCCGGGAGUGCGUCAAGAUGGAGCGGAACACCAACCACUACACCAUCAAAAACCUCCUGCCCUACAAGAACAUCCACGUCAAGCUCAUCCUCUCCAACCCCGAGGGCCGCAAGGAAGGCAAGGAGGUGAUAUUCCAGACGGAUGAGGACGUGCCUGGUGGCAUUGCCUCUGAGUCCCUCACCUUCACCCCUCUGGAGGACAUGAUAUUCCUGAAGUGGGAGGAGCCAGUGGAGCCCAACGGCCUCAUCACACAGUACGAGAUCAGCUACCAGAGCAUCGAGUCCUCCGACCCGGCGGUCAACGUGCCCGGCCCGCGCCGCACCGUCUCCAAGCUGCGCAACGAGACCUACCACGUCUUCUCCAACCUCCACCCUGGCACCACCUACCUCUUCUCGGUCCGGGCCCGCACCGGCAAGGGCUUCGGCCAGACAGCCCUCACCGAGAUCACCACCAACAUCUCCGCUCCCACCUUCGACUACGGGGACAUGCCCUCACCGCUGGGCGAGUCGGAGAGCACCAUCACCGUGCUGCUGCGGCCCGCGCAGGGCAGAGGGGCUCCCAUCAGCACCUACCAGGUGAUUGUGGAAGAGGAGCGGCCCCGGAGGCUGAAGCGGGAGCUGCCUGGCCAGGAGUGCUUCCCGGUGCCGCUCACCUUCGACGACGCCGUCUCCCGGGGCUCCGUCCACUACUUUGGGGCUGAGCUGCCUGCCAGCAGCCUCACCGAGGCCAAACCCUUCACUGUGGGGGACAACCAGACCUACAGUGGCUACUGGAACCCACCUCUGGAGCCCAAGAAGGCCUAUCUCAUCUACUUCCAAGCCAUGAGCAACCUCAAGGGGGAAACUCGGCUGAACUGUGUCCGGAUUGCUCGCAAAGCUGCCUGCAAAGAGACCAAACGUCCCUUGGAGGUUUCCCAGCACUCGGAGGAGAUGGGCCUGAUCCUGGGCAUCUGUGCUGGAGGGCUGAUUGUCCUGAUCAUCCUCCUGGGAGCCAUCAUCAUCGUCAUUCGGAAAGGGAGGAACUACUAUUCUUAUUCCUAUUACCCGAAGCCUGUCAACAUGACCAAAGCAACCAUUAACUACCGCCAGGAGAAGACUCACAUGAUGAGUGCCAUCGACAGGAGCUUCACCGACCAGAGCACGCUGCAGGAGGACGAGCGCCUGGGGCUGUCCUUCAUGGACACCCACAACUACAGCAACCGUGGUGACCAGCGCAGCAGUGUGGUCAAUGAGUCCAGCAGCCUGCUGGGGGGGUCCCCUCGCCGCCAGUGUGGCCGCAAAGGGUCCCCAUACCACACCGGGCAGCUCCACCCUGCCGUGCGUGUGGCUGAUCUGCUCCAGCACAUCAACCAGAUGAAGACAGCAGAAGGCUAUGGCUUCAAGCAGGAGUAUGAGAGUUUCUUUGAAGGCUGGGAUGCUUCGAAGAAAAAAGACAAGACCAAAGGACGACAGGAUCAUGUGUCCACAUACGACCGUCACCGCGUGAAGCUGCACCCGCUGCUGGGCGACCCCAACUCAGACUACAUCAAUGCCAACUACAUCGAUAUUCGGAUUAACCGAGAAGGCUACCACAGGUCCAACCACUUUAUAGCCACACAAGGGCCCAAGCAGGAGAUGGUCUACGACUUCUGGCGCAUGGUGUGGCAGGAGCACUGCUCCAGCAUUGUGAUGAUCACCAAGCUGGUGGAGGUGGGCCGGGUGAAAUGCUCCAAGUACUGGCCAGAUGACUCUGAGAUGUAUGGGGACAUCAAGAUCACCCUGGUGAAUUCGGAGACGCUGGCCGAGUACGCCGUGCGCACCUUCGCUCUCGAGAGGCGGGGCUACUCAGCCCGGCAUGAGGUGAAGCAGUUCCACUUCAUGUCGUGGCCUGAGCACGGAGUCCCCUACCACGCCACGGGGCUGCUGGCCUUCAUCCGCAGGGUCAAGGCGUCCACGCCGCCCGACGCCGGCCCCAUCGUCAUCCACUGCAGCGCUGGCACAGGCAGGACUGGCUGCUACAUUGUCCUGGAUGUUAUGCUGGACAUGGCUGAGUGUGAGGGCGUGGUGGACAUCUACAACUGCGUGAAGACCUUGUGCUCACGGAGGAUCAACAUGAUACAGACAGAGGAGCAGUACAUCUUCAUUCACGACGCCAUCCUGGAAGCCUGCCUGUGCGGGGAGACCAGCAUUCCUGCCAGCGAGUUCAAGCCCACCUACAAGGAGAUGGUGAGGAUAGAGCCACAGAGCAACUCCUCACAGCUGCGGGAGGAGUUCCAGACCCUGAACUCGGUGACUCCUCACCUGGACGUGGAGGAGUGCAGCAUCGCCCUGCUGCCCCGCAACCGGGAGAGGAACCGCAGCAUGGACGUGCUGCCGCCAGACCGAUGCCUUCCCUUCCUCAUCUCCGUGGAUGGAGACAGCAACAACUACAUCAAUGCGGCCUUAACUGACAGCUACACCAAGAGCGCUGCCUUCAUCGUCACCCUGCACCCGCUGCAGAACACCACCACCGACUUCUGGCGGCUGGUCUACGACUAUGGCUGCACCUCCAUCGUCAUGCUCAACCAGCUCAACCAGUCCAACUCUGCCUGGCCCUGUUUGCAGUACUGGCCUGAGCCAGGGCUCCAGCAGUAUGGUCCCAUGGAGGUGGAGUAUGUGUCUGGAGCAGCAGAUGAGGACAUCGUGUCCCGGCUCUUCCGAGUGCAGAACAUCACACGGUUGCAGGAGGGGCACCUGAUGGUCCGGCAUUUCCAGUACCUCCGGUGGUCAGCCUAUCGAGACACCCCAGACUCCAAGAAGUCCUUCCUGCACCUCCUGGCCCAGGUGGAGAGGUGGCAGAAGGAAAGUGGCGAUGGCAGGACCGUGGUGCACUGCUUGAACGGAGGUGGCCGGAGUGGCACCUUCUGUGCCUCCACCAUGAUCCUGGAGAUGAUCAAGUGCCACAACAUGGCAGACGUCUUCUAUGCUGCCAAGACCCUCCGCAACUACAAGCCAAAUAUGGUAGAGACCUUGGAGCAGUAUCACUUCUGCUAUGACAUAGCACUGGAAUACUUGGAGUCCCUGGAGACCAGAUAGCAUCUCGCCAGGAGAAGGGC